UCAACAUCUUUCCUGUUCAAAUUUAGCUACUAACUGACAUACAAUCCAUGCCAUGGAUUGUCUGUGCCUAUAAUGCAACUGUUGGAUAUUAAAAUUAAAUACCAAUUACCUCAGUACUUGAUAAAUACAUACAACAUAUGAAACAUGAAGCAUAUGAGCCAACAAGAAAUAAAUUCAACUUUAUAAUUAACCCAGUGCAAUAUACCACUGCACAGAAGAAUUGAAAACAACAAAGAGUAAUUGUUUUUCAAAAUUUAAAAUGAACAAAUGCACAAAAGUUUCACAGACGAACAGGUCGACUGGUUGAACCUAUCGAAACACUACACAAGUGCUGGAAGGAAGCAUGCCAAAGAGGAAUUCAAUGAUGGAUGAUAUUUUCUGAAAUCCAUUGGAAGCAAAUGAACUGUUUUACCAUAUGCAUAGACAAAAAAAUCGCUUCAUGGAGUGGUUCUAUUGAAAUUGGGCUGGUUGCAACAGAUCCAUCAAAAUUAGUUAUUCCAAAGGGGGCGAUUGCAAUUCGACAUGGCAGUUGGUUUAUAUCCGGAACUUCGGUGAAUAUAGAUGGUGUGGCAACCAUUGAUGAUUAUUGUCAGGACUUGGAUUCUUUAGACAUUGGAGAUACUGUAGGUAUCAUGAGAAAUGAUAAUAACCAAGUUCAUUUGUAUAUAAAUGGAGCUGAUCAAGGUGUUGCUGCUGUGUGCAUAUAUGAAUCCGUUUGGGCUAUGGUUAAUUUGUAUGGAAAAUGUGCUGGUGUAACAAUAGUCUCCGAUUCAACAGUCUCUUUACCACAAGUUUCAAAUCUGCAAGAUUCAUUAACAUUUUCAGAAGUUUUAUUUGACAGAAGAAAUAGAAGUAAAAUGUUGCAACAUCAGUCUUGCUUUUUGGAUGGAGAAUCAUUAGUAUUUUAUGCAAAAUGUGGUUCUUUAAUACAACUACUGGAAGGUGGCAUGACUGCAGUCCGCUCCCAUCAUCAAGAUGAAUUUAAUAAUGGUGUCGUUAUGACAAAUCGAACAUUGAAAAAUGAUGAAUUAUUUGAAAUAAAACUCAACGCCUUGACAGACAAAUGGUCUGGCUCUAUUGAAAUGGGUGUUACUACACAUGCUCCUGAUUUGCUGGAGAUCCCGAGCACCAUGACAAAUCUUCGGUCUGGUACAGUAAUGUUGAGUGGCUGUGUCAUUACAAAUGGUAAAGGUAGCAGAAAACACUAUCUAGAUUUUCAUUUGGACGAAUUAAAAGUUGGAGAUCAUAUCGGUCUAAUGAGGAAAGAGGAAGGUACUUUACACUUUUUCAUCAAUGGAGUAGACCAAGGUGUUGCAGCAAACAAUAUACCUCCUCAUAUAUAUGGUGUUGUGGAUUUAUACGGCAGAGCAGUCAGUGUUUCAAUUGUUCCACAUCACUCUGUUUUUGAAAGGAGUCGAAGAAACAAUGCGGUUGUUGACAGAAUUUUGCUUGAUUCUAAUCUUCUUGAAGAACGUGAACCACUUCUGUUUGAUGUCUCAUGUGGAAAGCACAUCGAACUGUCAUCGUGCAAGAAAUCAGCCAUGCGGCAAAAUCCUCUGGAAGAUUUUAAUCAUGCAGUAGUGCUGAGUGCAAGAACUCUGAAUACUGGAGAAACCUUUACUGUUAAAGUGGAAGAUGUUGUAGAAAAAUGGUCAGGUUCAUUGGAGAUUGGUAUAACGACAUACCCACCAGAAGCCUUGAAUUUCCCAGCAACCAUGACAAAUGUACGAUCUGGAACAUGGAUCAUGACAGCUACAGGUGUAAUGGUGAAUGGUGUAACUGUUGUUGAUGACUAUGGUACAAACGUAGACAAUAUGUCUAUUGGAGACACUCUUGGAGUUUGUAGAAAAUCCAAUGGAAAUCUACAUUUUUAUAUGAAUGGAAUAGACCAAGGAUUAGCAGCUAAAGAUGUCCCUGAAAACAUCUAUGCAGUUGUUGAUCUGUAUGGACAAGUUUCGAAAGUAACCAUUGUGGAUUCGCUUGUCGAUUGGGAAUAUUCAAUGCCAGUUCCAAUCAAUGAUCCAACUGGGUAUUCUUUAUCUCAACAAGCUGGUUUAAAAUUAAAUUCUGCUCGAACUCAUGUUUGUAUAAUGGAAGAUGGUUCUCUUUCUGCUCAUAGAAAAAACCCAAAUCACUUUUUUGACGGUAGUGUUAUAGUUAUGGACAAAAAACUGACUGUUGGUGAAGUAUGCGAAUUUGAAAUUAAUGAAAUAGUUCCAUAUUGGUCAGGAUCAUUUGAGUUGGGUGUAACAAGCAAUAUUGAUUUGCAUUCGUUUCCAUCUAGUCUAGUUGAUAUGGAGAAAAAUAUAUUUGUCUGGACGGGACGUUCACUAUUUGAAAAUGGACAACUUGUUAAAGAUAAUUUUGCAUAUGACACUGAGAAUCUCAAAUCAGGUUCGCGGAUAGGAAUAAUGCUGAAUGAAAAUGGCGAUCUUCAGGCCUUUUAUGAUGGUUUAGAUAUUGGAGUUAUAUUUUCUCACAUAAAAAAAUGUUCCUAUCCUGUAAUCAACUUAUAUGGGAAGUGCGCCAGGAUUACAUUUUUAGGAAAAGGUGAUGCUAAUUUAAGCCAUGAAAUGGAAGCUGGAAUAUCUCCCAAGUCACCACUCGAGAUAUCGCCAUGCAUCGUUUUGAGAAACAACCAUCGAUUUUUUGAUCACACAGAUGGAAGUUAUGUGUUUUUAAAUGAAAACAGAGUGGUGAUUCAGAAACGUCUUUGUAAUGAAAUGACAAAGCCUCCGAUUAUAUUCAGUGCGAGACCCCUCAAAGUAGGCGAAGUAUUUGAAGUUUUGAUUAAUGACAGCCGUGCAUCGAUUGGCAGUAUUGUCAUUGGUGCUGUCUGUUUAAAAUAUACAUCGUUGUUUGCCUGCGUUUCCAACACCAAAACGCUUGAAGACCUUCAGAAAUUGGAAAGAUGCUGCCUGAUAUCUGCUCAAGGUGUCACAGUUAAUGGUACUCUGAUCGAUGAAUUUUAUUGUCCAGACUUAUAUACUCUUGACCAUGAUGACAAGGUUGGUAUUAUGCUUGGUGGUGAUGAAACAUUACAACUCAUUUAUAAUGGACAAGCCAUGGGUAAAAUCGCUUGCAAUUUUCUAGGCAACGAACUUCCAUAUGUUGUGAUUUGUUUGGGAACUCGAAUCAGUUGUCUUGAGGUUGUCAAAAAUGCUGCGAAUAUUAAAGAAAUGAAAGCACCGCCCUCACUUUCAGACAGCAGUUCUGAAGAUGAUGAUGACUAUUCUGAACAGGCACAAACUGCAUCAAUACCACCUACAAUCCAAUCUUUUUCAAAAAUAAUUUGUGGCAAGAAUGUACGAGUAUCUGAAGAUGGUUUAGUGGCAAUGAGAGUUGGGAGUUACAACCAAGCAAUUGUGGCCACAGCAGAACCCUUAAGAAAGAAUGCAUUGUUUCAAGUAAAAGUAAAAAAUCUGAAUGGAAAAUGGAAAUCUACACUCUCUAUUGGUGUAUCAAGUGAAGCACUUUCAAAAGUUAAACUUGCAAUUGAUGCAUUAAAAAUUGCAAAACAAACCUGGUUAAUACAAGGUGAUUCUGUAUUCAAAAAUGGAAUAAAACUGAAGGAGAACUAUGGUCCUGGUUUGGAUACUAUAACAGUUUGUCAAACUAUUGGGAUCUGUGUUGAUGAAGAAAAUUUGCGAUUGUUCGUUGAUGGUGAGGAUCAGGGAAUAGCUGCGACUGAUGUACCUGAAUCAAUUCAUGCCAUUGUGGAAUUGUAUGGUAGCUGUGACAAGAUUGAAGUAACUGAAGAAAUGAAUUUGAAGAACUACAAAGAACCUACAAAUGGACUUGGAGAAUGUUCUUUACCAUCCACGAAUAUUAUGUGUCUAUACCAAAGUAGUUGCAGCAAGUACCUAAAAGCUUUAAAAGUACCAGAGGAAUUUUUUACUGGUGUUGUUUCCUGCUUUUGUAAUGCUUGCUUCAAAAGUAGAAAAGAUUCACCUGACAAAUGUCAGAGUGAAUUUUCAAAUUCUUGGCCACAACCUGUUGGAUGGUGUUCGUUCGGAUUACGUACCCAUCCUAAUGUUGAUUUGAAAGCUGUUUCGAAACAUUGGACCGUUGCCUUUUGUAACACAAAAGCGAGUGACAUCAGAAAAUUAUUAGAUUGCGGUGAAGUACCAAUUGAAAAUACUCCAGUUUAUGAUAUGCGUUGUAAAUCAAAUAUUGAGGAUGCUGUUGCAAAAAAGAAAAUUCCAGUAAUAAUAUCACCUAGUUUAAAACUUGUGACGGAUGAGAAAUCUGGACUUGCUCAGACCUAUAAUGACGAUCUUUCAAAGAAAGGUUCUGUAGUUCAGCUUGCACUCCAGUUAUAUAUUCAACCUGAUAGCUUUAAAGAAAGGAAAAUUUCUCCUUGUAAACUUGAAACUCAAGCCGAUUGUGAAUCUGAUGCAGUGGAAUGGAUGAUCAAGCAACCUGGUACAACAAUAUUCUCCCAUUUACUUUUGAAGUUGGUUGAAAAGUAGUUGUGUGGAAUUUCUCUACUCUAUUAUUAUUAAAUUCUACAUUAGUGAAUAGCUUGUAGGAUGUAUCUAUGAACCAAUCCUUCACCUCAAAAAGUUUUGUUGGUAUUAAUGGUAAUGUCUGUUCGCUAAUUAUUUCUUUUAACUUUUGUCAAAUUCUCUCUAAUUCUAGAAAUAUUCAAAUUUUGAAUAGUUGAGAAAUUUUUUGCUUUUACACAAAACGGUUGUAUUUUUUCAUUCCAUUUGUUUUGCUUUUUGCAAAGAACUUGCUGCAAACUAACACCAAUUUAUUCAUGAAACUUCAUGUCGGAUCACGACUGGAAUUCGGGAAAAGACGUUCACCUAAAUGCAUGCUGCCGUUUCCGAGAUUUUGACACUGUUUUCUGCUGAUGAUAUUCAAAAUAUUCUCUACACACUUUCUGAUUUCAUUUAGUCGUUUGUUUUUUAAAUUAUUUUUCUAAUAAAUGCUGAAUGUUUUA